AUGUUUACUUCGGAGGUAUCGGUCGAGGUGGUUGGAGGCCACGGUCGCAGGCGGAACCGGAAGCCUAGUGUCGGCAACAAGGAGCUGGCUCUGCACUCCUUGGGCGGAGCCUCCAAGCGCACCUCCAGCAAGGAAGUGAUUGCCAGGACGAAUACACGGGCAGACAUACUGAUCAAGACGGGCUGCGUGGACUCAGAUUCCGAAGGGGACCAUUCUCCCACAAGUCAGCCCCAGCAACCAAGCCAGUGCAGAGUGAAGGUGGACUUUGUCGUCGGAGUGUUGCAGAAGUACUCUCUGCCUUUAGUGUCAGGCGUGCUGCUAGCUCUCGUUUGGAGCAAUGUGGAUGAGACAAGUUACCGCGAGCUGAUCCACUGGAUGCCUGUCCCAGGUUUCGCGCUCGGCGGUCACAACAUUGACUUGCACUUCGUGGUCAAUGACAUCUUCAUGUGCUUUUUCUUCGGCCUUGCAAUCAAAGAGGUCACUGAAGCUUUGCUGCCGGGCGGGUCCCUGUCACCGAUCUCACGUGCAUUCAAUCCUCUGCUGGCGACGUUCGGUGGCGUUGUGGGCCCAGCUGUAUUUUACCUUCUCUUUGCCGCUGUGUUCCACGCAACAGGUGCCCUGGACCAGCCCAUGUGUCUGCCGGAUGACUAUGAAAGCCAUGCCCUGGAAAAUGGCCACAGAAGACUAGCCGGAGGAGGCAGUGCCAUACCCGCAACUGCGUAUGACGCCAAAUGCAGCCUGACAGCUGUUUUCAAGGGCUGGGGAAUUCCGACUGCGACAGACAUUUCGCUGGCUUGGAUGUUCGCCCUUCUGAUCUUCGGCCCUGGUCAUGCUGCCAUCAACUUCCUGCUGCUGCUCGCAAUAUUGGAUGAUGCACUGGGCAUGAUCAUCAUUGCAGCCUUCUAUCCCGAUCCAGAUGCUCCAGUGGAGCCCAUUUGGCUACUUUUGGUGCUUGGUGCCAUGCUGGUAGCCUUUGUGCUGCGCAAGGCCAUGGUCAGUCGAUGGCAGUUCUACAUCCUCCUGGCUGCGCCCGUUUCCUGGAUCGGGCUCUUCAAGGCUCACGUCCAUCCAGCCCUUUCGCUCGUCUUCGUCGUGCCCUUCAUGCCGGCGACACAUGCCAUUGAAGCUACAGGUCCACAUGACUUAGGCCGCGUCUCGCAGUCCAUCACUGACAAGGGUGGCAAGGAUGAAAUCUCCCGCAAAAGAUCAUCUGUGUCUCUUGCGGUGCGAGAUGCCUAUGUCGUAGCCUCGAGAAGUUUGAAGAACAUCUUCGGCAGAGAGGAGAUGGCGCCUCUACAUGUGUUCGAGCACACCAUGAAGGUUCCUGUUGACUUCGGCAUGUUCUUCUUUGGCCUUGCCAACGCCGGUGUCAAGCUGGGCUCCAUCGGAGGUAUCACUGGCUGCGUCGGGCUGUCGCUGGUUGUUGGGAAGACUGUGGGGAUUGCCGUGAUGAGCGCAAUCGGGCCCCUCAUAGGUGCACCUUUACCCAAGGGUCUGGGCAUGGCUGACCUCGUAGCCACAGCCGCGCUGGGAGGGGUUGGCCUCACGGUUGCCCUCUUCGUCGCCAAUGAGGCGUUUGUUGAGCCGGAGAUGCAGGGACAGGCAAAGAUGGGUGCGGUCUUGUCCACUGGCUGCGGAGCUCUGGCAUGGCUGAUCAAAACGGCCUUUGGAGGCAUCCCGAAGCCAGCAAAGCCAGAACAGGAAGAAGAUCACAAAGAUCGCAGUGAAAGAGAGGAGAAAAAAAUGCACAUCCAUGAAGAUGAAGUGGGCAUCUUUUGCAAGAGCAUGGAAGUUGGGAAGAUUCUCAGCGACAACUCGCAAAACAGCAAUGCUCACGGGACAAGUUUUGACGAAACCGACGUGUGCUUGGCUUCAGCUACUAGCUCAAGAAGCUUGGCCAUGCCAGGCCCUGAUCAGAAUGCAAGAGGAUCCAUACCCGACGCCGUGGAUGAGCCACCGAACCAUGAGGUCUCGGGACCAGGUUUCCUGGCUUGA